CAGAGUAAGCAGUGCUCCUCGGAUUCUGCUCGCAUCGAGUGCUUGCCAAGAGUGCUCCCGUUUCUUUGUCUGUCGUUCUUUUUUUCUUCAUUUCUCGGAUCCUAUAGCAGAAACUUCGUUUCUCGUGCUUCGUGGCCGCCUUGCAACCGAUGUCCGCCGUCACGUGGAGAAAACGCCGCCUUCGCUCUCCGAGCACCAUGAGCUUCUGUGUGCACAACGUGGCGACGUACCGUGAGCCGCAACCUACGCGGUGAAAUUUUGUUUACUCGUGCAACCGGUGCCGCCACUACGUUGCCCAACUGUAUGGUUUGCAGACGUGUGGUGCAUCGUCCUGAUCAACUUCUGAGGAUACCGCUGCGAGUUUGAGUGUUGCGUGUCUGGUGUUCCAAGAAAUCUCGCGCCUGUGCCUUUAGGAGUUAUCAUCCGUAGUUGAAGUUAACUUCGGGUCGAACAAGCCACAGCCAGGGCAUCGACGUCGAACGACUAGUGAAUCUAAACGCGUCCAAGUCACGGGCGGUCGUCUGCGGAGUGCCGUGCGUUUCAGGAUCCACCUCCAGGCAGACUCAAGGAUACCACGAACGACUUGAGAGAUAAUGUUGCUAAGGUUACAAAAAGACUUCGAUUGCUUCGCUGCCGAAGUUCGCAGACGAGCAUGGCGCCUUUCGACUGAGUACCAAACACGAGAGAGCCAUAAUUAGCCUUCGAGGGAAAACUUGGGCGACGGUGUUAUUACGUCAUUUCUGGUGCUGAAUCCAGCAACGAAGACAUAACGUCGACAAGCCAGACGAGGCUUGAAUUGUUGUGGUUCGAUUUGGUCCAACUGUGUUCCCGGACACCGUGGUUACGCCGGGAGACGUUCGUGCUGUGAAUGUCUGUCGCGCAUGCUACGUUGGUACAACAAAACGUGGUUGCUACGUACCCUUCAGAGCUCCGCAGUUCGAGGCGAUACCCGUACCAAUUACAAGAGGGUACACGGCGUGUUCGCGUCCGAUCCAUGGUUCUGGGACCUGACAGCCGACCGCAGACCGCAGCCCUUCAUGACAGUGUAAACGAAGAAAUCAAAUCAGCUCACACUCUUGUCAGCCAUCAAAUACUUACGGCAUCGUGAAACAGAGCUGAAGGUUCACCUGCGCAUACCUCCAGGGAUAUCGCAGAACUCGCUGUGUGCUGUCUCGACACCCAGUAGCGUACAUCGAAAAUGAGUGCAAAAAGCGUUUAUACAAGAAGAAGCGAAAUCAGUAUUCUGCCAAGAACGCCGCUUCGCCUGAAGAUCGCUAGAAGAGUCCCUUACAAACGCGUUGGACAUCAGGCAUGCCCUGCUCAGAAGUGAAGGCGAAAGGGCAACAACUUGAAGGCAAGCAAAGGAUUUAAGGAAUCAAGCACCGUUCAGACAUUUGCUUACUUCACCCAACCCUGCCAGCCCUGCACCUGCGCUUAUUAAAGCCAACUGUCACGGUACACCACCCGCCAAACGUCAAUCGGGAAUAGUUAGUACCACACCUGCAUACAGAAAUAACACGUCAACAUUAAAAAAUGUAAUAAUUUUAAAAGCUGAAGCUCCGGCAGAAAUAGUGCGAAUGUUUUCAUUUUGAAAAUGCUAUUCAUGAGCACACGGAAAACUUGCGGAUACAACGUUCAUGGAACGACCACAAGGCAACGUUAGUGAGCCUAAGGAACCCACAAACCCCACAAACGAAGUUGCACGUGACGUGACGUAAGGGUACGAAAGCAGGCCUCUAGAUACCAGAGGUCUCCUUAUCUCCUCGACGGGGCAUCUUCAUUGUACACUUGUACGAUGCAUUUAAAGAAGGAAUUCAGGGCUUCCGGACUCUGUGCCUCUGGGCACUCAGCGUCGCCAAGAAAGUAAUCGCUACCGAUUUGCAUAAAGUGCGUAGACAAUUUCAAAUUCAACAUCGGUUUACGCUUUCUACGAGACACUGCGGACACUUCACGAGGACGCUUCGUUUCGCCGAAGGCUUUCUUGCGAAUAUUUAGACGAAGACUCUUCAAGGGGCCACAUCGAGAAGACACCGCAAGAACACGAUCUGACAGGACAGGACAUUCCCGCGGUACUGUCGAAAGAAGCAAGCACUUGCUCAUUUUACAGUAAUAUCUGGAUAUAACUCAUCUUUGAGGUACAAUUUACCAGAUAUUUGUUAGGUCCAAGCAACCGGACAACUAUCGGGUUCUGGAGAGAAAACAACAACAGGCUUCUUCAACGGGGAGACACCCCACGCACACGUUCAACCUGCCAACGCCAAUGACCCAAUCUACCGUUGCAACGGCGCCGCAGAAGAAGACGUCCGAACCGUGAGGACCCCCGGCGAUCAUACACAGGCGGUAGCGACAGCAGGCCGCAGCCGACGUGAGCGGUGCGGCGGCACCGCCGUAAAAGCCGACACAGCAGCCCCAGAAGCAAGAAGAAGGGGGGACUUCCCCGGGAGGGGACUGGGGGGAGGCGCGGCAAAGGCACGUUGCGCGACUCCGCCCUCCAGCGUAGCCCUGCCGAAAAAAGAAGCGGCGAGAGAGGGGGCAACGCGUACUCGUACGGGACGACGCAGUCGAAGCCAUGCCGCCGGGCCCUCGGAGACCCGGGGAAGAAGCUCCGCUGGUCGUCUGACAGGGCCGGCUCGUCGCGGUGCCGAAGGCCGGGCAAGCCCGAUGGAUUACGCGCUGUUGCGGAGGACAGCGGCCAGCCUGGUCGUGGUCGUGCUCAUGGCGCUUCUCCUCCGGACCGCAACGACGGCCAAGGUGUCUGGGGGCGUGAACGGAAUCGGCCACUACAACCACAACAGAAGACGACUUCUAGAUCCUAAAAUGGAGGCUUACCGAGAAUCCAUGGCAAUGCGGUGGCAACUGCUCAUGGAGCCCGCCCGAGUGUGCAAGAAAAAGAAGCUGCUGCGGGGACGCAAAGCCCGCAUCUGUCGCAAGGAGCCCAAGGUGGUCCGUGAGAUCGCCAGGGGAGUGGACCUGGGCAUCCGGGAGUGCCAGAACCAGUUCAGGUUUCACCGAUGGAACUGCUCCACCCAUCGCUCCUCCAUGAAGAAGGUCCUCAUGAAAGACACCAAAGAGGCCGGGUUCGUGGACGCCAUCGUGGCCGCCGGCGUGGUGUACGCCCUGACGGAGGCGUGUGCCCAAGGUCGUCUGCUCGACUGCCAGUGCAGGAGGCGCCACAACUCGGCCGACUCCCUGGGCCGCUCCGGCUGCGACCACUACGUAGACUUCGGCUACCACAAGUCAAGGGACUUCAUGAACCGGAAGCGCGUCGGAGACCUCCGGGCCACCAUACUCUCGCACAACUACGAGGCCGGCAGACAGGCGGUGAGGAUGCACCUGGAGCGCGUGUGCCGCUGCCACGGCAUGUCCGGGACCUGCUCCCUCAAGACCUGCUGGCGCAAGCUGCCCACCUUCAGCAAGGUGGGCCUGCGACUGCGGGACCGCUUCCAGGGUGCCAUACGCGUGACGGCAGGCAACAGCGGCAAGGGCUUCAUCCCAGAAUCGCCCCGCGUCCCAGGAAGGGAGGACAUUGUGUUUUCCGAGCAGUCGCCCGACUACUGCGACCCGGACCGACGUACGGGGUCCCUGGGCACCCGCGGACGCCAGUGUAAGCUCGGUGCUUCGGGACCCGAAGACUGCAGGACGCUGUGCUGCGGCCGGAAGGUUCGCAGUCGGCAGAUGGUGGUGAGCGUGGCGUGCAACUGCACGUUCCAGUACUGCUGCAACGUGACGUGUCAGACAUGCUUCGAGACUCUACAGGAGACCACGUGUUUAUAGAGUGUGCCGUUCGUUCCGUGGACCCUCCUCUUCGACUAGGUCUGUGAUAUUGUGCGCGCUCUAUGGAAGUAGAGGAAUGAUGCUGUACACUUGUGCGUGCGUGUAUGUGUGUGUGUGUGUGUGUGUGUGGUAGGGUGGAAUACGUGACACUUUUGCUCGGCUCAACGUCGCUUUUGAACAUGUACUAGGAGAAGUCUAAUGGAGAGCAGGUCUAUUUUCUUCGAAGACACUGCAAAGGACUGUGCGUGUCCAUACACAAAAGUCAGCUGAUACAUAGUUCAUUUUCUGAGCGCCCUGGCUUCCUUAUGAGCGUACGUGACCUGCACACUAUAUUCCACACUCAUUUGGCUGCAAGUAUAUGUGACCACACUUCGAUGCAAAAUGUUGACGAGUAACAUCGUUCUUAAAUUAUUUGCUUGAAAGGAAACCCUAUUGGCAACAGCUUCAGUAACGGGCGAGGGACUGUUUGGUAGUAACGGGCGAGAAACCAUUCACGAAAGGCUCCGUCGAAAGUGCAAAACCUUAUUUGCUGUCUGUUAACAAUUUCUCAGCCCAAAAUGUGUGUUGCUAGUAGUAUCUCGAAGGUAUAUUUUAAAAUCUUUUUACAUGUAGCUAAAAACGAUGCUCCUUCGAGAAAGAGCAUUGUAGUAAUAGACAAUAUUUGUCUAGAUUACAAUAAACAUCAACACCUCGUCGGAUAAACAUAAUUUUAGACGUAGGAGUGUAAGCACGUAUUCAUACAGUCUAUAGUACUCUUUAAACCCUUAUAAGUAACGUAAAGUUCAAUCAUGAGUAAUAAAGUUGCCAAGGAUACUUUUCAAUGAAUGAACAGUUCGGUUCAUUGUGGAGUAGAGCUUUCCGAGCCAUUAGUUACGACUCAUAACAAACAAACAAAAUGUCGAUGCUCAGUUUAAGAGUCUUUUGGAAGUCAUAUGACCAAGCGUCCGAGUGUGCUGCCGCCCUGCUGAAGUCUUCUAGCAAUCCGCCAUCAAUAGACGUGAGACACAUAUCGCUGUGCUUUAUUAGAUGAACUAUGUUUGUUUGUUGUUUUCUUCCUCUGAACUUUUUGUGUUGCAUUCAAUGUGGACAGAUUCUGAAUGCUGUUCGUUACAAGAACACGCUGUGUUACGUUUGUGGUAGGAGUGAAAAAAACGAGGAAGGACGGUAUGUGUCGUGCUUUGCAUGUGCGCGUGAGUGUUACGUUCUUUCCAAUCUAAUGGCAUUUAAGUCGUAGUAGUCAGAUGUUGGUGUCUGAGACGUAGCGCGGUAGUUUUUUGCACAAGAAUCCAAGAGUCCGCUUUGCGUUAUUGUUUUACUAGGAUUAAAUAAUACUGCUGCAACCGGA